AUGUUCUCUACGAAAUGGCCAGGCACUUCAGCCUGGAUCAAAUGGAUCCUCCCGGCAUUGUUCGUCAUCUCGCUGGCAGCUUGGGCAUUAGGGAUCGAGUUCACAGUAAGGACUGCAAACCGUAAACUGGAUCCGCUGUACGAAGAAGGACCCUCGAACGCAAAACUAUACUUCUACGCCUGCGGAGUCCCCAUGGCCACAACGCUAGCCCCACUCAUCGAUUUCCUCCUCUACAAACGCAACCUGCUCUUCCCCCUCGCAUCCAUAAUCUGGGGUAUCAUAGGCUUCACAAUCUGGGUCUUCAUGUUGACUUUCUGGAGUAUUUGCGAAUUCGAUGAACCUGGUGAUGCUUGUCCGAAUUUUUAUCGUUAUGCUCCUUAUACGGAUGGACUUUGGUCGAGUAAUUAUUGGAUGGCGAGGUUGGUUCUUGGGGGUGCUGCGGGGGCUUUGUUGUUGAUUCAGAUGGCUUUUGGGGCUAGGGCUGUGGAUUUGAGGAGGAGGGAGAGGAGGGGUUUGAGGGGGAAGAUUGGGGAUCAGGGGAGGGGUGGUGCUUGA